AUGGCCUUGCAUCAUUUGCCUCUGUUGAAGGCGCUUGGAGAGAAUGCACAUAAAAUCCGUCGGCUUCCAGUUUCGGUUGAGCUUCUCGACAAAACCACACAGGCCCCAUUCGAUGCCAAAUUAGACUACGCAGAGCGCUUUGAAUCACAACUGCUAGAAUUAGUGAGGAAGAAGUUGUCACUUGAACAUGUGCAAUCACUUCCAUCGAGGGAGGCGCUGGCCCUCGAAUGUGGACUGGAUAGUCUCUUCGGCCAUCUCACCAAUAUCUUCAACAGAAGGCUACAAGUCGACCGUUCACAAUCUCGGUCUGGAUUUAGCGAUACUGUGAUACGUUUGAUAGAUGUUCUAGAUGACGCGCAAUACCCGGUCGAUCUCUGUGGUGAAGGUGGGUCUUGCCUUUUCAAGUUCGACACAAUUCAGGAUGCAAGAAUCGCGCAUUCUUUCGCGCGAAACGUGAACCACAUUCUACAAAAGGUUCACAUGACCACUUCAACGCACCGUAAUUUAUCGAGACCAGUCAAAAACCCACAGGCUGAGGAUAUUGUCGACACAUGGAUCCAAACCUUCGGGCGCGCGUCGAGCGAGCGUCUUGGCCAAGUGCUAGAUACCAUCAAAGCAGAGUUCGAUGCUUGCGAACUAGCACAGGGCGAUACAACACAUGAACUGCAGUUACUAGUUUCAAGUUAUGAGAAUCAACACUGGGAAGCACAAGGAGGACCUAAUAUGUGUUUAUUGUGUCCUGGGGCAAAUGCAUGGCAGCUUGUCAGAUGUGACAUAGGAUCGGGCCUCUCCGGGAAUGACAUGCACAUAACAUUAUGUCAUGAAAUGUGCGAAUCAAUCGACUUCGAUCAAGGCUUAGCCCUCAUGUUAUAUGAGGACUCAAAUUCGUUCGAACCAGGUUCUACAGUCGUCGACUUCACACAUAGGCCCUUGUCAACUAGUCUGAAGGGCCUGAUUGAGAACGAGUCCCUCUUCAGUCUUCCAAUUGUACCAUAUCGUUUUGGAAGGAAACAGAGACGUUCUCUAGCAGCAAAGCUGGCACUUCACCUCUCAAUCUUUUGUCCCUGGUGGAGGCACGCAUCAGCUCCAUGGGACGAAAACGCAGUACACUUCCUCAAGCUAGACUCUGGUAAAAUUGACCGAGAGUCCCCAUUUAUAGUCUGGAAACUCGGGACUGAGGAAUGCUACGGUGAAGAAAUUGAUGCUAGGGUGCUCGCGGGGUCGUUUGCAUCUUUUGCGAAACUUCUCCUCGAGAUAGAGUACGGGUCCAUUUCCAACAUGGGUAUUCCAGAAUACGAGCUAGACAAUGGUAACCUGGCCAAAAGUCUCCGGAAGAUUCAUAAAGACUUGCUACAAGACGCAGACCCAAUCACCCAGGGACCUUACAUGGAAGCCGUGCGAGCUUGCCUCGACUUUCAUCAGCGUUACAAAUUCGAGCGCUCGCGACAGGAUGUGAGCUUGCGAUCAGUAGUGUUUGAAAAUCCUCAGGAUACGUACCAGCGUCUGGUUCGUAGCGAAAUCACGUCCAGAGUCUUAAAAGGCCUCCCAGAUUUUGACAUUCUCUCAAAGAGACCUGAAAAUCCUGGAGAUAAUGUAGCAGAGCAUGGCGACUACCCUUGCGAAACUGAUUGUGAGAUAAUCGAUGACGAUGUUGUUCCAGAAUACCGUGAUGUUCCUGGAGAUCUAGUGGCCGUUGAAGUAUCAACUAUUCCCGAUCAUUCUGUUCAACCGGUUCUGAAGCGUAAGAUAUCGCAGAGGUGGGACAAUCUGCAAAACGGCAGCCCGAGUGACGAGUUGGAAGAAAUUAUCAUACCACGAGUCAUAGAGCCCUCUUUGCACGACAGCAUAGAGAGUGUUAUUCGGGGUUUAUCAGACGCUGAGAAUGGUCAUCUAUUUGACCACGAGCCUGCACCCGAUUCUCAACAAGCUCAAAGAACGGAUAAAUGGUUCAAUAAUUCCAUCAAAUUCCUCAAGGCCCUACGACUUGGUGAAACCUCCGCUGAACCCUUGAAAGUAGCGAUACUUGACUCCGGCUUCAAUCUGAAAAACCCAGAGUUCAACACAGAUGAACGGAAUAGGGUCAAGUGCUUUAAGUCGUUCGUCGAUGAUGAACCCAAUGUCGACAAAGUUGAUCAUGGCACUUUCAUCGCCACUAUCAUUCUGCGUCUUUCCGUCAAUGUGGAUCUCUACAUUGCUGAGAUCACCAACACCAACAAUCCAGACGUAAAAACCGUUGUCGAGGCUCUCAAAUACGCCAGGACAACAUGGAAAGUGAAUAUGAUAUCGCUUUCUUUCGGCUUCGACCGUAGGAACCCUUCCGAUGGUUUGUUUGAAGAGAUCAAGGCCUGUCUACAUAAGGACAUUAUCGUAUUCGCGUCCGCAAGUAACGAUGGUCCCGAGGGGUCGCGCACAUAUCCGGCGAAAUUUCCAGAUGUUAUUUGCUUCCACUCUGCUGAUCAACGCGGGAGGAAAUCCGAGUUCAACCCUACACCUCGUGGCGACGGCGAUCUGAGCUUUAUCGGCGAGCAUGUACGUCCGACAUGGGGCCGUACCGACUUGACGAACACAUCGCAGAUGGUUUACAGAGAUGGCACGUCAUACGCAACACCUGUUGCUGUUGCUUUUGCGGCAUUCAUGAUCGGAUUCAUACACACGAAAGGCUGGGCAGAGUGGCAGUGGACAUAUGCGCCAUCGAGCCCUAUUGCGGAUGAUGGAGCCAAGUAUCUGUUGCUCGUACUUUGA